AUGGCUGCGCGGUAUACACCGCCGCCCUCGUUAGGCCAGCGUCGAGCAUCGCUACGAGAUGCUGCGGCCGGCGACCACGAGAAUAAUAUUCCUCGCAGCGUACCUCAAUCACUGACCGAUAUGCCGUCUCGCAUGCCCGCAGGAGGCAAGGACAUCUCGUCCGACAAUAAUACUACCAGUCACAACAACAACCACCAUCCAAAACCUCUACCUACCCCGAAUAAAUCUGCAUCGCCUCUUCCUAGUAACCUGCUCCCAUCCGCACCAGCAUCGCCGCCAACGCCAGCACCGAGUCCGACUCCGCAUCAUACAGUCUCAAAUUGGCAGUCUAGUCUGGGCGGCGGUGGCGGCCACGAGGUGGACGACGAAGAUGAGGAUGACAGUUUGUUGCUCAAGGCUCAGAUACAUUUCAGCUCGAUGGGCAGUGCCCAGAAACAAAAGUUCUUGGUGGAUAUUUUGAAUCUGUGCGAUAAUCAGCAGCUCAGUUUUAUUUCGAGUUUCAUUAGUCCGCGGUUGAGGAAGGAUCCGUUUUUGUCUUUUCCGAAUGAAAUAUGUUUAAGGGUUCUCUCGUUUGUCGACGAUCCCAAAACUCUCGCUCGAGCAUCACAGGUAUCGAAGCGGUGGCACGAACUUAUUAACGACGAUAUAACUUGGAAGCACCUAUGCGAUAAACAUGCAUACGUUUAUAGAAGGCCGUCAGACGAUGAUCGUGACUUUGUCGACCCAUUCCAUAGCGGCCGACGAUUGUCCUUCCUGAGUUCGAUCAGCGAUUAUCAGCAACAGCCCUUCCAACCUUGGAGGAGAAGAAAAUCGACCUCAUCGGCUGCUGAUAGCGUAAGCAGCAUGUCUACAGACCUUCCCCUGGAGUCAUCGUGGCCGCCGCCGUUUUCCACGUCGAAUCGGAAGCGUCGCGUGCAGCCGGCGUCAUAUCGCACGCAUUUCAAAAAGAAAUAUAUGGUCGAGUCGGCAUGGAACAAAGGCGGCCACUGCACACAGAAACAUGUCACUCCGGAUCAAGGCGUUGUGACGAGUCUACACUUGACGCACAAAUAUAUUGUAGUCGCACUGGAUAACGCAAAGAUUCACGUCUAUGACACAAACGGCGGAAAUCAAAAAACGUUGGAAGGACACGUUAUGGGCGUAUGGGCUAUGGUCCCCUGGGACGAUCUACUCGUCAGCGGUGGUUGCGAUCGAGAAGUGCGAGUCUGGAACAUGGCAACAGGCCAGAUUUAUGCUAUCGCGUUUGACGGCCGGCGAAUUGCAACGGGUAGUUUGGAUACGAGUGUGCGUAUCUGGGACCCAAACACCGGACAGUGUCAUGCAAUCCUCCAAGGGCAUACUUCAUUAGUUGGACAAUUACAGAUGAGAGGCGAUACUUUGGUUACUGGUGGAUCUGAUGGAUCCGUACGAGUUUGGUCGUUAACGCGCAUGGCACCAAUCCACCGGCUGGCAGCUCAUGACAACAGCGUAACCAGCCUGCAAUUUGAUAGCACUCGCAUUGUUAGCGGUGGAAGCGAUGGGCGAGUAAAGGUUUGGGAUUUGAAGACCGGUCAGUUACUGCGAGAACUAUCCACGCCAGCCGAGGCUGUCUGGAGAGUUGCAUUUGAAGAAGAAAAAGCGGUGAUAAUGGCCAGCCGGUCCGGCCGCACCGUGAUGGAGUGCGACGAAGCGCGGCCUGGAUGCCGCAAUUGCGAGAUAUAUGGCAAGACAUGUCCCGGCUAUCGGCCCCCAGUUGUUCUUCAGGAUAAAUCGUUUGCGUCGCGGAAAUGGCGGUCGUCGUUGAUAGACGCUCAACAACAACAUCAAUACCAAAUGAACGUAGGGAGUGAGGCUUCCGGCGAUAACGAUAAUGAGGAGGAUGGAUUGGCCUUAAUACCCAAACCGCGCUGGCUCGCGGAUGCGAGCAUGGAUGAUCGCGCGCUGUGCUACUUCUUCGAUCAGUAUACGACGCAACGAACGCCGGACUCGCUGCCGGGCGCUUUAGAGUCGAUUCCGUUACUAUACGUGCUCUGUCGUGAAAAUGAGGUAGCGGGAAGUCCAUCUUCCUGUCUCCGCUGGGCCGUUGAAGCGGCUGCGUUGACCUCAUACGCCAACGAGUCGCACGAUCGCCAUCUCGCUCUUAAAGGCAGACAACGCUACGGCCUAGCGCUUCACGGACUGAAAGAAGCGCUCUCAAUGCCCGUAGAGAAAGUGCAGGAUAGCACGCUGGCGACGAUAUUGUUGCUGGUCAUAUUUGAGGAUAUUAAUGGCGAAAGGGCGCAGUUGGAAAGCUCGCAUACGGCAGGCCUAGAGUUGGUGGCUAGGUUGCAUACGUAUAGGAGGUUGGAUGGGAAGUAUAGCCGGUGUUUGUUCAAUUUUGCGUAUACGCAGUUGCAAAUUCAAAUCCUUGGCCUUGGCGCACAGCCAAAACUCGAUCUACAUUUCUUGAUUGAUCUUUUCGACCAUUCCGACCCGUUACAGAGCCUAAUGGGCAUCGUCACGAAACUGAGCCAAUUCGUCCUCGAUGUCCCCGCGUUACUGAGCGACGGGAAUCCAAGAUACAACAUUGCAGAUCUCAGCCUCGAGGAUCUAGUAAAUGAUUUAUCGCGCGCACAGUCUCUAGACGAGGAAUUGAGUCUCUGGUGUCGAUGUGUUCCCGAUCAGUGGCUGCCGCGGGUUGUAUACUCGACCACGGGCGAAGCACUGAUUACCUGCGUCAGUGUUUCGGCUGCUACGCUGUGGAAUUUCUAUCGUUGUUCGCGAAUUAUCCUACAGACAAUUAUAGAAAAAAUACACACACGGAUGGAGGCAGUGAACGAGGGCGGUCUUUCGAUGUGGCAUACGGCCGACAUCAUCGACAUGACCAACCCGGCAAACACGCCAAUUUAUAGUUCUCAAACAUCAGCAUCAGCAUCGCCAUCUUCGUCGAUUCUAUCGCAAAGCACACCCUACGAAAUCGUGCAAAACAUGAUCGUCGACAUCUGCCGCAGCAUGCCCUAUAGUCUCGGGGACGUCGACUCCAGCGGCGUCCCGUUCCCGCAAACCCAUAACGAGAAUUCGAAUACAAGAGUCAAGGCAAUUGAAGGAUAUGAAUUGCUCUGGCCGUUCUGGCACGUACUGACGUCGCACUUUUCCACGCCGAAGCAAAGAUUGCAGGCGCGCGAGGCGCUGUAUCGGCUGGACGCGAUGGGGAUCAAGUUGGCGUCGAAGAUGGCGGGGGCUGUCGACUUGCAGCAGCAGGAGCAAUCUUCUUUUACUUAUAUAUAA